AUGGGAAGCUGUGGUGGAGACCAAAAGUCUCCACACAUUACGCUUGAGAGAGAUCCAGGAAAAAUGGCAUGGUUAGCGAGAUCCAUUGCGAAUUCUCUGAAGAUCGAUGAAGAUGAAGAUGACGAAAAGCAAACGAUUAAGUCCGAUUCGGUUGAAGAUUCCGGUUCCGAUCAACCGUCUUCGCCGUCGGUGUUGCAAUCACAGUCUCCACGAGGCGUGAAGGAAGAUAUCUCUGAACUCACAAAGACUUUUAGAAGUCAGCUAUGGGGUGUGGCUUCUUUCCUCGUCCCACCGCCUGCUUCUUCCGAUCAUCCGGAGGAAAAUCAGACGGACGGUCAUGCGGAGGAGACUCGGAAAUCAUCGGAUCUCGGUGAGGGUGAUGAGAAUCUGAUUGCUGGGAUCAGGAGUGAUUUCGUGGAGAUCGGAGGUAGAGUCAGGACGGGGAUCUCGAAGCUCUCCGGAAACUUACCGGUGUCGGAGUUUACAAAAAUCGCUUCGAAUUUCUUGCAACUGGGCGCGGAUUCGAAAGAGCACGAUGUUGGAGAUGCAAUCGGCGUGACGGAGGAAGUAGUUGCGUUUGCGAGGGAUCUUGCUCUGCAUCCCGAGACAUGGCUUGAUUUCCCUUUCCCUGACGAGGACAAAGACUUUGAUGACUUUGAAAUGACUGAUGCUCAAUACGAGCACGCGUUGGCCGUGGAUAGGCUUGCAUCGAGUCUUGCUGCUUUGAGGAUUGAGCUUUGCCCAUCAUACAUGAGCGAGAAUUGCUUCUGGAGGAUUUACUUUGUCCUUGUGCAUCCUUUAUUCAGCAAACAUGAUGCUUUGCUUCUCUCAACUCCUCAGGUACUUGAAUCAAGAGCACUGUUAUCCCAUGAGCUGCUGCAUAAGAGAAACAAAGCUACAGCAAUGGUGCCGCCAGAGAGUAGUGAUGAAGAAGCUGCUAGUGCGAAUGUGGAACCACUUUCUUCUUUACCCACUAAUCCUUCACCUGAACCAAAACUAGAACCAGAAGCAGUCAAAACCGUCACUGUGGAAGCAAUACAUUCGAUUGAGACAUUUGACUUUGAGACGGAGAAGCACCCAAUCGAGAGCAAGGAGGUACAAGUUGUCGACAAGCCUGUGAUCGAAGAAACACCACGCCAGGACAAGCCGGUGCUGAUCCCAGUCACUGGUACUUCACCUAGAGUGAUUGAUGUGCAAGUCGAUGAUGAUGCUGAUGAUUGGCUGAAGGAUGAAGAUAAUGCAGGAACUGUUAGCUCCUCCACCGGGUCAGCCACCAAACAUCUUGUGGAUGAGGAUGAAGAUGUAUCGUUCAGUGAUCUUGAAGAAGAUGACGAGGAUGUGCCUGUGAGUUACAAGAAAUGACUCAUGAAUCCUCCUCAGACCCUAAGAACUUAACCUUUUAAAUGCUGCCUCUGGAAGAAGAAUGUGCCACGGCCGGUCAGGUAAGCGAGGAGAAGAAAGAAAUAGACGAUGGGCUUGAAUGUUGAUGAGUGAUGACGAAUAUUGAAAAGCUAUAUUGUGACCCUAUCCGUUUAUUACAUUUAUGUUUGUGAAUAGCUCUUUGUACACCGUCUUCUUACAAAAAAAUACCUGGCUUGUAAAUAAACAGCACCAUCUAUGAUGAUGAUGCAAAAAUGUUAGAUAUUCCUAUAAACCGUUGAUCAUAUAAUCCUUUUGAAAUUAGGGGGUUACUCAUUGAAAUGUUUUAUUAAAUUUUGAUGAAGUUAUGUAUAGUACGAGUA